AUGCUAUUUCAUUCAGAGAUGAUUAAACAUUUCUAUCUGAUUUUAUCUCAAUAACUCUGUUACUAGAUGCAUUAGAUGGUGUUACCCCUUCUUAAGUUAAAUGAUGAAUAGAGUUAACUUUACUACUCUAUAUAUUAUUUAGGUUAAGUAAAAAUUUCUUAUUAUUUUCAAUAAUUAAUGACUUUUAAUUUUCUUGCUAACACUCCUACUCAUUUUACUAUUGUUGUUGCUCACUUAAAAUAGAUUAAUUUAUUUUAUUCUAUUCCUUUUAUUUAGCUUAUUAAUAUGCUUAGGUAGCUUUUAAAUUACUAUCUCGAUUAUGAAGUUCAUUUAGAGUAUUUUAUAUUUGAUCUUUAAUGGUGCUUUAAUAGCCUAAUUUUGAAUAUCUAAACUAUGGAGAAGUAACGAGAUCAAAUUAAGCAUCCCCAAAAGGAGAAAAAUAAUUUUUCUCGAUAAAUAAUUUAGUAUCUGGGUUAUUUAAAUUCUUUACAGAAUUGUAAGUACUUACCUUUUAAACGUGAUAGUUUUUAAACAAUUUAGUUUUUUUAUGCGAAUUUUAAGGGCUUUAAACCUAUUUUGUAACGUCACUAUUAUUUUUAAGUAUUUAAGUGCUAAUAUUUUGAGCAGGGUAUAUCAAAGGAAGUGCACUCAAGUGCUAACUCUAAGUAUGUGUAUUCUAACCAAUUAAUAGCUUACUAAUGUUACCGUGCUCAUUUUAGGUUUUAAUAUAAUUCUUUUUUGAAGUAGUUUGACUUUCUUACAAAUUUUUCAAUAAUUUACUACUCUAAUUUUUUUAGGCUGUUUGGCUUAUUUUAUUACCAAAUAUUUCAUCAAUCAUUUUUUAGCUUUUAUUCUUUUUUGCUUGUUUGUAUGAAUAACUUUACUAAGCUUUCGAACUUGGAGAAUUGA